AUGCACUCGUGCCUUGAAAAACAGAACCAGCAGGUGUGGGUGGCAGGCGAACCGGCGUUUUUGAAGAUCUGGAUCAAGGCGCCCGCCUUUGGGCAGCUGGACGACGCAUUGGAUGCUGAGGAGGGGUUCUCCCCAGACCUGUUUGCGGCGGCCGUCGAGGCAUACCUGCUGCGCUGCGGCGUGGAGACGGAGGGCUUCAAACGGUACCCAUCCUAUUCAGAGCCGGGGAUGAUCGCCCUCCAGUGGACCCUCCGCCGCAAAGCCCCGCUGACGCCCGACGAGGCGGCGGCCCCCGAGCCGGCGCCCUUCCAAUUGGACGUCUGCCCCGGCGGCGAGCCGACGGGCUGCUACUGA